AUAGAUCAUCUGGCUUGAAGUCCGUAGUCUAUCAAUGUAGUCUUCAUCUGUGAUUGUUUAAGUUCCAUUGGGUAUAUUCCAAAACGAAUGCUGGCCAAUGAGAGCUCUCAGGGUGAAAAUGGGUGGGGCCUCUGUUCUCUGCAACCUACUAACAACUGCUGACUCGUAGGAUUAUCGCAGUCAGCCAUGGGUCACCCUGGAACUCAGAUGCUGUCAUGGGCGCUGUGUGUCUUCUUGUGCUUGAAGGAUGUGUCGGCGGUACCACACUAUAUGGUGGCCAUGCCCGCCGUUCUUCAAGCUGGGGGUGAGAACAAAUUCUGUGCGAGUCUGUUCGAACCCGACGAGUCCCUCGUCAUGACUGUCACCUUAAGCUCGCUAUGGGGAAACAUAACUCUGCUUGAGAGGACGUCCAGCAAAGCGUUUCAGGAGUGCACACAGUUUCAGGUACCUUCAAUGGAAAUCGAAAAUAUGGGGAGGUUUGAAGUGAAGGUCCAAGGAAGCAAGUUUUUCUCGAGAGAAUCCAGGAGUGUCAUGCUCAGAGAUAAUCGGCCGAAGUCGUUUGUUCAAACAGACAAACCGAUCUACCUUCCCGGACAGACGGUGCAUUUCAGAGUUGUCUCACUAGAUGCCAAGUUCAGACCUGCCAAGACACAGUAUGACAUGAUUGAACUUGAGGAUCCUUACAGAAACAGGAUCGGACAAUGGCUAAACAAGACAUCCCAUGGCAAAAUACUGCAGCUUUCUUACUCCUUGAACUCUGAAGCCCGACAGGGAGUAUACACCAUCUCUGUCACAGAGGGUUACCGUAAAGAAUUCCACAACUUUAAAGUGGAGAAGUAUGUUUUGCCAAAAUUUGAUGUCAAUGUAAAUGUAAGAGAAGAAGUAAGUGUUGGACUGGAGGGAUUUGAUGCUAAAAUAUGCGCAAAGUACACAUAUGGACAGCCAGUGCCAGGGAGUGUUAAAGUUGAAGUGUGCCGACCACUUCAGAGGAAUCAUUACGAAUCACUUGAAAUUACUGAGCUUGGGGUCACCACCCCAUGUGACACAAAGACAAAACAGACAGAUAAGACAGGGUGUGCUACGUUUAAUUUCAAAAUGUCAAAUUUCACCAAACUUGAUACAAAGAUUGCGAUGGACACUUUGGAGGUCAGCGCUAUAGUGAAAGAGGAGGGGACAGGUAUUUCAAACUGGAAAGAGGAGAAAAUUCGCAUUUCAUAUGUUCUUGGUAAAUUGUCUUUUGUUGACACUCCCAAGCUCUAUGAACCAGGAUCAUUUGUUGAAGGAAAAGUUAAAGCUGUCGACUACGAUGAUCAACCCAUUCCGGACAUGCCGCUGCACCUGUUUGUGGGUGAAAGGUGGUCAGCGGAGUUGCUCCAGAAUCUCACCACUGACAGCAGUGGCUUUGCCUCGUUCACAUUUAACACAAGUAGAUAUGACUGGGACAUCGAACUCUCGGUAGCCAACACGCCAAAUCUGGACUACCGUGACUACAGAACUGCUUUUUAUGAGAGAGGUACACACACAGUGUAUCUGUCCAAACCGCCUUCCCUUGAUACUAAAACAGUCAGCUCUGUGAAUGUGGAGAAGAAGGAUGAACCACUUGUCUGUGACAAAGAGGAGGAACUCUCCAUCCAGUACACGAUAGUGAAAGAAGCCAAGGGCUCUGUGGAUUUGAUGUACCUGAUCUUAUCCAGAGGAGCCCUUGUUAUGCAAGGCCAGAAGAAGGUUGAAGUGCAAGAUAAAUCAGUAAACCAGGGCGAGGUGUCAUUCAAGUUGUUGGUGUCCCCGGACAUGGCGCCAGUGGUCCAGGUCGUGGCUUACAUUGUCCUUCCCAGCAAGAACGUGAUCGCUCACAGUGCUAACUUCCAAACAGAGAAAUGCUUCAGGAAUAAGGUAUCCCUGGAGUUUUCGCCGACCUCAGCCGUCCCUGGAGAGGAGGCCAAAAUGCAGCUGAGUGCCCAGCCAGACUCCCUGUGUGGCGUGAGCGCCAUCGACCAGAGCGUCCUCAUCAAGGAGCCGGGGAAGACUCUGAAUGUAGACAGAAUAUUUGACUUGCUGCCUGUCAGGGAACUAUCACACACCCCAUACGAGGUUGAAGAUCCUGAACCGUGUUUGCAAGUGAGACCAAAGAGAUCCGUCAUGCCAUAUCCUGAUCGAGACUCCAAAGAUGCCCACAGCGUUUUCAGUAAUGUGGGACUGAAGAUGGCAACAAACUUGAUGACAAAAUCACCCACUUGUCUCACACUGAAAGGAGUAGAGUACUAUCGGGGAAUUCACAGAGGGUAUGGAAUCCAAGUCUCCAGCAUGUCAAUACCACAAGGAAUGGGAAUGGGAGGAGCUAGUCUCUCUCCUUCCAACGAUGAACCACUUGCAACAGUCCGUACUUUCUUCCCUGAGACAUGGAUAUGGGACCUCGUGGAAGUUGGAGAGUCCGGAACAAAGGAUGUCGCCGUCACUGUCCCAGACACCAUCACCACUUGGGAGACGGAGACAUUCUGUUUGUCCUCUCAAGGUUUUGGUCUGGCUCCUCGUGUAAACCUGACUGUUUUCCAGCCCUUCUUUGUUGAGCUCACGCUGCCUUAUUCCAUCAUCCGUGGGGAGGUCUUUGAACUCAAAGCAACUGUAUUCAACUAUCUAAAGAGUUGCAUCAUGGUCAAAGUGACCGCAGCCCCCUCCCCAGAUUACACUCUCACCCCCCUCUCUGGGAACCAGUACACCUCCUGUCUGUGUGGCAGCGAGCGCAGAACGCUCAGCUGGACCAUGACCCCCACGGCCUUAGGCACUGUGAACGUGAGCGUGACUGCCGAGGCUGUGCCGUCCCACGCUUCCUGUGACAACGAGGUCGUGAGCGUUCCAGAAAGAGGUCGCAUUGACGUGGUCACCCGGCCUCUCAUAGUAAAGGCAGAGGGAACUGAGGUAACAACAACGCACAACUGGCUGCUCUGCCCAAAAGGAAACGCUCUGACAGAGGAAACAGAGAUGCAGCUGCCUGACAAUGUGAUUCCUGGAUCUACUCGUGCUACAGUAUCAGUCCUUGGUGAUAUCCUUGGCCGGGCCCUGAAGAACCUCGAUGGACUGCUGAGGAUGCCGUACGGAUGUGGAGAACAGAACAUGGCUCUCCUGGCCCCCAAUAUCUACAUCCUCCAUUACCUCCAAAAAACUGAGCAGCUGACCGAAGCCAUCAAGGAAAAGGCGUUCAGCUUCCUAACUAACGGUUAUCAGAGACAGCUCAAUUACAAAGAUGAGAGUGGGGCAUACAGCACAUUUGGAUCAGGACCAGGAAACACCUGGCUAACUGCUUUUGUGAUGAGAUCUUUUUACAAAGCUCAGUCUUUCGUCUUCAUCGACUCAACAAAAAUUGAAGAGUCCAGGGCUUGGCUGGAAAAUAAACAACGAGAAAAUGGUUGUUUUGAACAGUCGGGAAAACUCUUCAACAACAGAAUGAAGGGUGGUGUGUCUGACGAGGUGACGCUCAGUGCGUACAUAACCGCUGCCUUUUUGGAGAUGAACAUGAAAACUAACACUACGGUGUUGAAGAGGAGCCUUUCAUGCCUAAAAGAGUCCAUCAGCGGCAUCAGUAACACCUACACGACGGCUUUGCUGGCGUACGUCUUCACACUGGCAGGAGACAUGGAGACCCGUGCUCAGCUUCUGCAGCAGCUGGACACGGUCGCGAUAAGAGAAGGAGGCGUCCUUUACUGGUCCCAGACAGCGACAGAAACAUCCGCCUCUCUGUCAGUGGAGAUCAGCUCCUACGUGCUGAUGGCCAAACUCGGCGCCCCCCACACGGCCGAGGACCUGGGCUACGCCGCAAGCAUUGUUCGAUGGCUGACACAGCAGCAGAACCACUAUGGAGGCUUCUCCUCCACCCAGGACACGGUGGUGGCUCUACAGGCGCUGUCUCUCUACUCUGGUCUGGUGUUUACUCGCCAAGGUUCAAGUGCAGUGACCUUUCAGUCUCCCGGUGGACAGCUGGAGUUCGAUAUAAACCCGGAAAACAAGCUCCUGUAUCAGGAAAAGAUACUGCAACAGGCCUCGGGAAAGUUCAGCCUGGAGGUGAAGGGAUCUGCGUGCGCCUCGGUGCAGAUUUCCCAUCACUACAACAUCCCAACUGUUACUGAUGGCACCAACCUGAAGGUGCAAGUAGAAACGGAGACGGACUCUUCCGGCCCAAGACCCAAAGUCACUUUGAAGCUCCUGACAGAAUACAGUGGAAAAGAAAACUCAACCAACAUGAUGAUCCUAGAUAUUGCCCUGCUAUCGGGUUAUAUUCCCGAUCCUCAGCCUUUAAAGGAUUUGAAAGGUUCUUGGAUGGUGGAUCGUGUUGAACACAAGGACGGUCACGUUAUGAUAUACAUAGAAAAGUUUCCGAAGGAUUUCCCUGUCUUGCACCACGUGGUGCUCAUUCAGCAGCUCCCUGUGCAGAACCUCAAACCAGCCGUGGUCACGUUGUACGACUACUAUCAGCCAAGUGACAGGGCAGAGACUGAGUACACUGUGUCAGCUUGAAUUUGCUUUGGUUGUCGUAGUGCUCAUCACUGAUUCCAGCACAAUUGGAAGUUAGUUUCUUUAAGACAAAUUUUCGUGUUGUGCAUUUCAUCUGUAUGAAAUGUAUUUAUUAAUUAUUGUCACUUCUGCAAAUGUAUGCAUUGCAUGCAUAACAGACGGAAGAAUCAAUAAAGUUUUCUGAAUAACUGUGUGUGUCAGUGUGCGUAUCUUAUUACAUUGUAAGAAAAGAAUACAAAAGCAAAAGUAUUUUCCU